UUGGCUUCGUUAUCGUUUCUCGCGCAUUUGUAACGGUUCUGUGAAGCUGUCAACACGGAUUUAAAUAGCAAACCUUUAGCACAAAUUAAAACCAUGACAAACGGAACAGAAACAGGAACCACACCCCGGAACAAAAAGCAGCAUUAGCGGACUUUCCGCCAGGCUGCCAAGUCCAAUCCGCCUCUCUGCGUUCCUUCAGAACGCCGAACAUCAGAGCCAUGCCUGUGGAGAAUAGCAGCAGCUCCGGCUCCCGCCAGGCCAAGCAGAAGAGGAAGUCCCACAGCCUGUCCAUCCGCCGGACCAACAGCACGGAGCAGGAUCGCUCGGGCCUGCAGAGGGAGCUGCUGGAGGGACAGGACUCCAAACUGCCUCGGUCCCUGAGGACCAACCUGUUGGAUCUGUUCAAUCAGAUCGAGAGAGAGUUCGAAAACCUUUACCUGGAAAAUAUCGAACUCCGCAGAGAAAUCGAAUCCCUGAACGAUCGCUUGACUGCAGACGGACAAGCGGGUGAAGGAGCAGAUUUAGCAAAAGGAGCUCUGAAAACGAAAGCAAGCCACAGCACCAGCCAGCUGUCUCAGAAACUGAAAACAACCUACAAGGCGUCCACAAGCAAGCCGCGUUCAAAUUCUUGCCAUGCCAGAGUAGUAGGCGGAUCCCGCAACUUCAACGUAACCAGUUGGGAGUUGUGGGGUGGAGACUCAUGGAUUGUGUCCAGCUUCAAAGCGACCACGUCCAGAGCGGUUUGCCAGCUGGUGAAGGAGUAUGUGGGCCACAGGGACGGCAUCUGGGACCUGAGCGCCACGCGGGCCCAGCCUGUGGUGCUCGGCACCGCGUCUGCAGACCACACUGCCAUGCUGUGGAGCAUUGAGACCGGAAAGUGCCUCCUCAAGUACCUGGGCCACCAGGGAUCAGUUAACUCCAUUAAGUUCCACCCCAGUGAGCAGAUGGCUCUGACUGCCUCUGGAGAUCAGACGGCUCACAUCUGGAGGUACAUGGUGCAGCUUCCCACUCCUCAGCCCGUCGCUGACACCACUACGCCCUGUGAAGACGACGUGGACUCCUCAGAUAAAGACGACGCUGACGCCGACGCGGAGGGCCCGAACGACUGCCCUUCGGUCCGCGUACCGACCACGACGCUGCGCAGCCAUCAGGGCGUGGUGAUCGCUGCCGAUUGGCUGGUGGGGGGCAAACAGGUGGUGACGGCCUCCUGGGACCGAGCCGCCAACCUGUACGACGUGGAGACCUCGGAGUUGGUCCACUCGCUCACUGGUCAUGAUCAGGAGCUGACCCACUGCUGCACACACCCCAACCAGCGCCUGGUGGUCACUUCCUCCAGAGACACCACCUUCAGGCUGUGGGACUUCAGAGACCCGUCCAUCCACUCCGUCAACGUCUUCCAGGGACACACAGACACGGUGACGUCCGCUGUCUUCACCGUUGGAGACAACGUGGUGUCGGGCAGCGACGACCGCACCGUCAAAGUGUGGGACCUGAAGAACAUGCGGUCGCCCAUAGCAACCAUUCGCACCGACUCUGCUGUCAACAGGAUCAGCGUGUCGGUGAACCAGAAGAUCAUCGCCCUUCCUCACGACAAUCGGCAGGUCCGACUGUUCGACAUGUCCGGAGUGCGACUGGCUCGGCUGCCGCGGAGCAACAGACAGGGUCACCGUCGGAUGGUUUGCUGCUCCGCCUGGUGUGAGGACAACACCGCCUGCAACCUGUUCACCUGCGGCUUCGACAGGCAGGCCAUCGGCUGGAACAUCAACAUCCCUGCUCUGCUGCAGGAGAAAUGACCUCUUCUUCUUCUUCUUCUUCUCCUCCUUCUUCAUGUUGUUAGCACACAGGGAGAAACCUCACCCACAGCGUGUUUGUGUCUCGACAGAUGUAAGCAGUUUAGUUUAGAUGUUAGUGACUCCAUGGAGUCGGUCUUUAAAGCCUUAGGAUUGUUGAAGUUCCUCGGAUCAGACUUUCUCCAGGUCGAGGAGAUGAAAAUCAUCUGUCUCACGUUCCGUCACUGUUAGCAACAAAGGCAAACCUCUGAACCACUCACUGAUGAAAGCACAAACAAUGUACAGAAGCUGCUGCUUACUGCAAGUUAACAUGUUUCUCUGCUGCUUCCUGCUGCUUUUAGCUCCAAAACUCCAGAUCUAAUGUUUGCUUCAGGUGGCAGAUUAAAGGAAACAUCUGUGAUUUUUUGUGGUUUGGUGUUGCACAUAGUUCCUGUUAUCUCUUAAGUUUUUUCUGUAUAAAUUUAGAGCCAUGUUUUCCUCUUACAGACAGACAAGACAGAUCAGAUCAGCAACAGAUUCCUGAUUAUUUAGGCAGUUUUCUCUUCAGAGAUUCUCAAUCUCUGCAGAAACUUUAUGCACCUUGUUUUUGUUUGUUUAAAAUAUUGUCUGUUACAGAUUUUAUUUUUUAAGGAAAAAUUCUUCUUUAUUGUUUAACUUGUGGUCAUAUAUUGACAAUGGAUGAAUUGUUUCCUGAUGUGCAAAACUAUUCAUAUCCCUCGAACUUAUUAAAACCUUCAACUACA